AUGUUGUGGAAGUCGCCGCAUCCUGGCUUGGACAUUCCAGAAACCCUAACGACGUGGCAGUGGGCCUUUGAAUCGCCAAGAUACGCUCCCACACAUUAUGCUGCAAAGGAGAACCUUGGAAGCUACGUUGAUGUAGCAACGAACAAGCGUCUCACCUACGAUACUGUCAAGGAAAGCGCCACUCUCCUGAGUACUGUGCUUGUCCAGAAACAUGGCCUCAAACCAGGUGACACCGUAUCCUUGUUCUCCACCAACUCCAUCUGGUACCCAGUUGCAAUGUGGGCAACCGUUCGAGCGGGUGGCAGGGUCAACGGUGCGUCUUCAGCAUACAAUGCUGAAGAGAUGGCCUUCGCGAUGAAGACUGCUUCCACUAGAUUCCUCUUUACCUUGCCUGCCUCUCUCGACGUUGCAGUGGCGGCAGCAGACGCUGUAGGCUUGCCUCAUAGUAACAUCUUCCUCCUCGACGGCCAGCGAAACGGCUUUGUCAGCCUUCAAAAUCUCGUGGCUGAGGGACAGGCCUAUUUCGUGCUCCCAUCCUGGCAAAUACCACCAAGCCAGACCAACAGGGAUGUAUGUGGCUAUCUUAACUUCAGUUCUGGCACGACUGGCCUGCCGAAAGCGGUCAUGCUGUCACACCACAACAUAAUUGCACAAUGUCAUCAACUCAAGCAGCUUCAGCUCGUUUCGUCUGGCAAACGAUACACCAUUCUUGCGGUUAUGCCGCUCUUCCACAUCACUGGUCUCGUCCGCUUCUGCCAUUACCCGGUCUUCAUGAACGGAGACUGCAUUAUGAUGCCUUCAUUUAAUAUGGAGACCAUGCUCAAAACAAUCAUUCAACACGAGAUAGAGGAGCUAAUUCUGGUUCCGCCGAUUAUAAUUCGAGUGGUCAGAGACCCUGUAGUCGACAAAUACCUGGCGGACCUUCAGCGAGUGGUGAAACGAUGGUCCUCUGGCUCCGCACCGACCGCGCCGGAAAUCAUCCAGCUCUUGAAGAAGAAGUUCCCAAACACCGGUUUCCGGCAAGGCUACGGUGCGACGGAGUCAACAGCAUGCAUUUCCUGCCAUCCGCCAAGCCACUACGACUACAAGUACGCGCACACAGGAGGCUUACCGUGCGCCAACACCGUCGUUAAAGUUGUAGACCUGGAUGACCCGACCAGUGAGCUGGGCACAAACCAAACAGGCGAGAUUUGCGCAAAGGGCCCGCAAAUAGCAAUGGGUUACCUGAACAACCCUGCCGCCACCGCCGAGACGUUUAAGGGCGGCUUCCUGCAUACCGGCGACGUGGGCCACAUAGACGACGAAGGUUUGAUCCACAUUGAAGACCGCAUCAAGGAGAUGAUCAAAGUGAAAGGGCAGCAGGUGCCCCCCGCCGAGCUGGAAGACUUGCUGCUCGGCCACGAUAUGGUCGAAGACUGUGCAGUGCUCGGGAUACCGGAUGACUACGCCGGCGAAAAGCCGAAAGCCUACGUCGUACCCAAAGCGAGUGUCGAAGCGAGCCAAGAAGUCGGCCAGACGCUGCUACGCUUUGUCCAGGAGAAGAAGGUGAAGUACAAAUGGCUCUCAGAGAUUGAGUUCUGUACCGCCAUACCAAAAUCGCCAACUGGAAAGCUUCUGCGGCGGAUAUUGAAGGCGAGAGACCGCGAGAGCGGCAGAAAUAAAGGCCUGUGUGUCACGGACAGACCAGAGAGAGCUCGUCUAUGA